CACACACAGAUCUGUCGGCUUGCCUGUCAAAACUUUGUGGAGAGAUCCUCCCUACACGGCCGCGUGAGAGAGAGCAAACCCGACGUCUUUGCUUUCUCAUUUGCCCCCACUGUUGACUUUGGUUUCUUCUUCUUUCCGUUUGGCCGAAGGCCGCACAAGAAAGCAGCGCUCAUCAAACGUUCCCUGAGCUGCGCGCGGUUCGACACGAAGCGUGAACUGUAUUGUCAUUUGGCUUCGCAAAAGAACAUUGCAGUAGUCUCUUGCAUGGACUGGAAGCUUACCGCAUACGGAUUCGGGACGCGCUUCUGACCGUCAAACUCAUCGUUAUUGAGCGAUCAGUCAGAGAAAGGCAUAUCUCGUUGUCCCUGACACGAGCAUAGUGGGCGUCUACAGUCAGCCCACGAGUGCAGCCCGAUCUCACCAAUACCGGUCGCACACAGCACGUAUUCGCAAGCUACCCUCUUUUGCCUCGCAUUACAGGCUUGGCAGUGCGUUCGACGCUCUGAAUAGGAACGAACGGAGAAGGCUUAGCUGCAACCGUUCGCAGGUGGCACCAGGAAUAUCCAGCUUUGAUUGUGCGGCUUGACAGUCGUGACAGCUCGGUCACUGCGACGUACUACUGGGAUCCAGGUUUCCAAGUCAGCAGCGGGCAGCCCACCUAGCGCGCAGCUCCUAGCCCAGCCUAGGCUAAAACGUUGCAGGCAGUCGAGGUUCUUUGGUGGGUGCUGCCAUUACAAUUUAUCACUGCUGCCCACGGCGACGUCGAAUGCUACUUCUUGCACUGCUUCGGCGGCACCACGCGCAACGGGAACAAGGCUUGUGCGCGUGUGGCAGCUGGUGGUCCCGCCGCCUACAAAAGAAGUCGCCCACACGUCCUAGCAGACCCUACCGUAUUCCUUCCCCCGUUGCGCUACCGCCUGCAGUACCCUGACCCUACCGCCGACCUCUACCCGCUGCUUAACACCACGGGACCCCCCCCUUCGUUCGCCCUUUCCUUCAGCAGCCCAGCCCUAUGCAAGAGAUUUGCUAAUUCGAUCCCCACGAGCAGCACGCCCAAUCCCGGCCACUUUCUCCUGUGUCGUAAACAUCUUUCUUCCCUUCACGCUGGUCCGCACACCGCCCGUCUCACCCCGAACCGACCUCUUGCAUCACGCUCCCUUGCGCCGACGUUAGUGGCUGGGCUGCGCACAAGGCUCCGGGCUUCAGCCAGCUGCUUGCAUCAGUCCCGUCCCGUUGCCACAAAGCCCAUUGUUGCUCCCGACCUCAUCGAACAAGAGCUUUCAGCUGGUGGCAAUCGCAAUUCCAAUUUCACAAUCCUUCCCUUUGCUUUGUUGGCUGUGGAUCGUGCGUGCACGAUGUCGCACUCGACCUCGGCGCCUUCAAUUAAAGUGUUUGGCUCCGGCCCACACCAUGGACUCGGUGCCGCAGCGCGACCCGUCCAAAUCCCCCCAGCGUCCCCCAAUUCGAUAUCCGCGAGGCCAAUGGCGAUACCCAACUCCAGAGAGGCGCCACCGCCUCCCUUGCCACCGCCUCGUCGUUUGGCAUUUGAGCAGGGCGAGGAUCUUGGUUGGAAGUACGGCAAUAGGUUCCCACCAUCAUCACCCCAUGCAUCUGUAAAGCCCGGUUCGAGUCUUUUGGGUAGCGGUCAGUCCAGCAAGGAAUACGCCAGCGCGUGGAGCUCGCCAUAUGAUACCCACGACACACGAAGGGGCAGCACCGUGUCAUCUGUCACUCCCAUUGACCCGUCCAUGAUCAUGGAGGGACUGGAGCACAGCGACGAGGACCGAGGCUCGGGUGCGAGGCCUUCUCUGUCGAGAUUUCAGAGCGAAAGCAAUCUUGGACGUAAAGAAGUGCACACGGCCUCACAAGCAUACGACAAACAUCUUCUAUCGAGGAUCGGCGGCCCAAACGCGGGCACAUCCAGCAACAACAAGUUUGCGGCUCAACUAAAGCCGCUGUCCGUCCCCGAACACCGCUAUUCCUCCAUUGAUUCGCCCUUGUCGCGUUGGGCAAGCGCGCCUUCCUCCGGCAUAUCUCCUAGUGGCGGCUUCCGCAGCCCCUACUUUGAACACACCUCUAUCGACAGCGCCUUCCCGUCAAGAGUGAAUAGCGUGUCGACGCCGGAUGCGUUUGACGAUGCCGCCAGCAGCAGCUAUCGCUCGCAUCGCAACAGCGACGACCAGGGCGUCUUCUUGGACCCAGAACUUACAAAGAUGGACGGUCUCGACAUUCACGACCGGACGGCCUCAACCGCCGAAGGUGAACAGCUUGGUGCGACUGGCGUGAAGAGAAGGGCUUCCUCGCCACCAUCUGACGGCGGUCCUUCACGUGAAGAUCGUGUCUCGGGUACUGGCAACGAUUUGUAUCAUCGCCGGUCGAUGCAGAUGCUCGCUACCAAGAACUCACCCGUCAUAUCUCGACCGGCUCAAUAUGGCACGUCGCAUUCGUCCACCUUGUCACUGGGACAAAAAGCGAGCUCAUCGUUCGCGUCAACGUGGAACAUGUCGACCUCCAGCAGCCUUACAUCGUACAGCGGUGAGCGCCUUUCGCCUGGUGCUCUGUCGCCAUCUGCAGAUCCGGACUUUGGCGCCGUUUCGCCAUAUGCGGCUAGCAGGAGCCUAAACCUCAGUCCGCGCAGCUCCUUGUCAACAGCACCACCCCACCAAACUCGCAAACCUUCAGAACCUAUACCAGACCAAAAAAUGCAGUCUCCAACACCUAGCGAUGUGCACUCACGUCAAAACAGUGUCUCCAAGCCACCAAAGCCUAAGGCGUGGGAGGGGUAUCCUCACGUGUGCGAGUGUUGCCCCAAAAAACCUAAGAAAUUCGAUACGGCCGAGGAGCUGAGGAUGCACGAGUUGGAGAAGCGGUAUCAAUGCGUGUACUGCCCAAAUCGCUUCAAGAAUAAAAACGAGGCAGAACGUCAUCAGAAUUCGCUGCAUUUGCGCAAACAUGCGUGGUCCUGCGCGGCCCUGAGCGGGGUUCCGGCAGCUUUCCAUGCUUCGCACAUCCAUCCGACGACUUACGACGUCUGCGGAUACUGCGGCGAAGAAUUCCCAAAUCCCCCAAACUGGGACGUGCGAGCAGAACAUCUCUGCCAGCAACACAAAUUUGGCGAGUGCAAUCAGGCCAAAAAAUUCUUUAGGGCUGAUCACUUCCGACAACACCUCAAGCACAGCCAUGCGGGCACCAGCGGCAAAUGGACUAACAUGCUCGAAAACGCUUGUAUGCUAGAAAACGAACCAGCGACAGCACCACUCCCACCUCGCAAUGUGCUUGCGCCGGCGGGCCCGAUGAUGAUGAGCCCACCUUCGUACCCUACGCCGUCUGGAUAUGAAACUGGAGUCAUAAACGAAGCUCAUGACGAACAAUAACCGCAUGACUAGACAACGAACAAAAAAUUCUCUUUUCCUCCAUUUGAAAGACUUCUCCUGCAAUAGAUUCAAAGCUAAGGGUUGCCUAGCCCUUCAGCCUUGGAGGCUGAGGAUUAGCAAUGCACACUAAUAUCAAGUCCUUUUUUGGGCCGUGUUGGGGCUGACACGCGACUUCGGAGACACGACCAGUCUAUCAUCUUCAUAGGCCACUUCGUAUUUUGUCAUUUAUUCUCUUCCCACGACAAUGGACUUAUGAGCGAUUUUUGCUGUGGGCGAGCAGCGAUGCAUGAUAUCCGGCGUUCGCAUAGGCUCGCGAACUGAGACGGCGUUGUUUCCAUUGGCAGGAAGGCGAUGAGACUCGGCUCUAUUUGCACCUAUCCCGUUGAAUGGGCGAGAGUUUCAUCACCAAAGAGACGAUUUUUCGAAGUAUGAGGCGUAUCUUGCAUCCCCCCAGAAUUUGCGAUCCACAGGCACACUAUCAAUAGCACUGCAACAUAUUAGACGUGCUUUCUCGUAAUCUUGUUCCCUUUGCCUCCUGGCUGUUAAAGUAUUCGUACUUCACGGAAGGUGCCGGUUUGCGAGCCAAUCAUCACAGUCUUUCCCUAUCGCCCCGUAAAAGAGAUUGUCAGAUUUGACCGUGAAAUCGGUUUGCCGUCAUUCUUUCACGGUAGAAGCCGUCACCCACCCUUCAUUUCCUGAAUAGUCCCUGGUUCAUGCAAGCCUCAGGAUUUGGCUCCGGGACUUUCUUUCAACGUCAAAGGAGAGUCAAACUCCUUGGAGGGGCAGAUCGCCUUCCCUUCUGACACUGGUUCCAUUGUUCCAUCCUAUGCUUGCUUUUUUUUCCCACACUCGUGCGUGAGUUGUGGUCGCCCCAAUGUGUGGCCAAUCUUCACCGCCUGCGUCCCCACUCAAACGGAAAGGAUCUCCAAAAAACCACGCGGUGCUAUUCUGUCCUAGUCCUGGUGAAAGUCGUCAUGGAAGGAGACUGCUAGCACAAUACUGUAAUAGCCCUCUCUCAUUGACGUAGCCAAUACAAUGAUUAUUACGUUGCCAUUGGCUAUUAAGUUCGACUGAGUACCACGUGGUGGACACGCAGUAUUGCCGCCCGUCGAGCAAGCAUCACACCCUCG